UCACUUCGUUUAGGUUCAUCAAACUCACUUGUUCCUAGAUUUCACUUGUUAUUUGCUCUCAAAUUUCUCUUCAUGCUAUUUGAAUUCGCGUUGUCCCAAACCUGCAUUGCAUUCAUCAAUCAAACCUGAUCGGUUUUAGUGAAGCAAGUAGUUAUCUUUUUCGUCAUUGUUCGUCGGUCAAGGUUCAUCAUGUGCGGUUGCCGGUAAGGGUUCAAGAAACCAGUGCGCAAGCCCUGUCUCCUUCAAGAAAUCAGUAUGCUCGUUCUGGUCAUAAAUAGUAGUCUACAGGUGUACCAUUUUAUUUAGACUUCACCCUUGCCAAAUCCCUAAAGCUAAACAUACCUAUACUCACCCAUAGCUGAGGUGAAAAAAGCUAUGACCUCAAAGUUGGUUUUGCAGAGAAGGCUCCUCAGGUUUUUGCAACUGUUAGCGCCUUCUUCAUCUUCUUCCACUCAUGUGGUCCCAUUCCUUUCUGUAAAAGCUUCAGAAUGCACGUCCCUCUGCAGGAAAAAUAGCCUUCUCCCCUCUCACUCAUCUUAUUCAAGAAAUUUGUGCUCUGACAGUUUUAAUCUUGAUGAAUCUCAAGCCCCCCUGACUGUUGAUUACCGUUCUCUACUGGAUGAGAGUGAAUUCCAUAGACUGGCUGAUUCCACAAUACAUAGCGUACAAGAGAAAUUAGAGGACUAUGGAGACUUAGUUGAAGUUGAUGGAUUUGACAUAGAUUAUGGGAAUGAUGUUUUGACUGUAAAACUUGGCGAUUGUGGCACCUAUGUAUUGAACAAACAAACACCAAAUCGACAACUUUGGCUGUCUUCUCCACUGAGUGGUCCGUCAAGGUUUGAUUGGGAUCGGGAUACCAAGGCUUGGAUUUAUAGACGGAACAAAGCAAACUUGUACAAAAUCUUGGAAGGUGAGUUGGAGCAGUUAUGUGGCAAAGCUAUCGUUCUUUCCUAAACUGUUGAAAAGGUGCCGCCAAAUCUUGAUUUUUUAUGUAGAAGACAGAAGUUAAUAAUGAUUGUAUCUUCUAAAUAAUCAGCAGAAAAUAGUAGUAAUUAACAAAUUCUUCUUUGAAGUUAUACUACCUUUUCAGUUUAUUUCUUGUAAGGAUUAUUGUUGCAUUGGGCAUUGUGGUAAGUUAUCCUACCAUUUUGGCUUCCAGUUUUGGAGGUUUAAGGAAUACUAGGCGUGCAUGAUAAAAAUGCUGAGAUGAGAAAUGGAGAAAAGGUUUCCGACAAAAUACAAAAGCUUUUAGCACUUGUUCGCCCAAACUAUGCUGUGCUGGGCAAUGUUUCACCAGUAAUUUGUUGAUUAGUUAGGAGAAAAUCACUGUCAUUUUAAUUAUAAUUAUUCUGUUUGUAAUAUUCUUUUUUUCUGGAAUAAAUUGGGUUGCACAAUGAUAUUUAUUCUCUAGUGUUUGAUUUUGUUUUAAAUGCUCUUCAAAGCAUAAAGUGUCACCAAAUUACUAGUUAUCACAGGAACUACAUCUUCAUGAAUAAAAGUAUAUUUGAAGAAAAA